UGUCACUUUGAGUGAGUGGAAUCGAGCUGUUUCCUCCUCUUCAGGUUUCAGCUGCUCAGUUUCCAGUCGGACCUGUUCGUCUUCUUUCCCCUCACCUGUAGGCAGCCGGAAGUCACCCGCUGCUGGUUGUUGUUACCUGGGCGGACUCCUCAGGACAGAGCUCGGUGCUCACAGGCGGACACCGUCGACUCAGCGGAUAAAAAACCGGGGGAAUAUCUGAGACCAGACGUUCACUCGACGGGAGGAACAUUCAUUUCGUUUCUUGAAACUUUCUGUUGGUUUCCAGGAGAGUUGUUGCGUCGUGUGAUCGGAACAAACAUGCUCGUCAUCGGGCUGCUGCCCCUCGCUUUGUUCCUGUGCGCAGCCACAGGUGUAAGAGGCUUCACAGUCACUACCAGUAAUGCAGAUGUGCGGGUGAAAGAGAACGAUGGAGCUGACCUAAAAUGCACUUAUUCGGGGGACUUUGGUUCAAAUGCCAGAGUUGAGUGGAAAUUUAAGGACUUAAAAGGCUCACAGUCGUAUGUGAUUUUUGACGGAAAACCAACAACACCAUAUGCCGGACGAGUGACGCUGUACGACGGCAAUCUUAGAUUCACCAAAAUGACCCGUGUUGACAACGGAGUGUACGACUGUGAGGUGUCUGGCAACGGGCAUUUUGGGGAAGUCAGGGUGAAGGUGACUGUUGAGGUGCCUCCAUCUGCACCACUGUGCAGGAUCCCCACCUCAGUGACAACGGGCAAAACAGCCAUGCUGACCUGUCACGACAGCGUUGGCUCACCACCUCCCAAAUACAGGUGGUACAAAGAUACCACACUCCUGCCCCCCGAUCCACACAAGAUUGCUGGCUUCAAAAAUUACACCUACAAGCUCAACCCAGAAAAUGGCAACCUGGAGUUUGUCAGAGCAGCCAAGAUCGACUCAGGCUCGUUCUUCUGUGAGGCUUUCAAUGAUGCUGGUCCUCCUCAGCGCUGCAAAACAGUGAAAAUGGAAGUCCGUGACCUCAACACUGGAGGAAUUGUUGCCGGGGUAUUAGUUUUUCUGCUGCUUCUGGCCCUGCUGGCACUCGGCAUUUGGUAUGCUCACAAGAAAGGAUACCUGCCAAAGAAGAGUGACAGCAAACCAAAGCCCAACGUGGUCUACCAGCCUCCAUCUCUGUAUGGCGGUGAAGAUGAAGAUAGGGAUUUCAAACAGAAGUCGUCAUUCGUGGUAUAGUCCACAAGAAGAUGUCGCUACAGGAGAGCACCCCAGGUUUCAAAUUGCUCUCAGCUUGUUUUUUUUCCGACAGUUUUCUAUUCUGUUUGGUAAUUUACUACAGAUAGAUUUUAGUGGAAUGUGCUGUGACUUAUUUUAGCCUCAGACAUUUCUCUAGCUAUGUUUUGAAGUGUGUGUGUUUCUAAGUUUUGUUUAAAAGAUUCAUCUUCAUGUAAAUACUAAAUGUAGCAUAGAUUAUGUCAGCACCACCACUAAUUGGAUUUCUAAUGAAGUAGUUUUUGGUAGCAACAAACAUAAAGUACAAUGGACUCAAUUUUCUCUGAUAAUGCAGCGUCUUUAAUAGAACUUCUUAAAACUCGUACAGAUUUUUAUUACAUCACCUUCAUUUAAGUCUAAUCUUUGUCUGUACCUUUUUUUUAACAGUGCACAAGAUAUUGUAAUGUAAAGUAUUCUUUCUGCAAUGAUCUAUUAAGGUUUUCUUCCUUGUAAAUAACAUUUAAAAAAAGUGACAUCAUUUGAAAAACUAGGAAGAGUUUUUACCGAGCUCCUUGACUUCAUCUGUGGCUGUUGUUUGUAUGACUUAAAUGUUAUAUGUGUACAUUUUCCUUAACAUAUCAUUAAGUAGUGUUAGUGAAAUAUAUUAUGUGCCCACAUGUGUUGUCUCAGAAAUACAUUCGCAAACAACUACGUUGACAGUUAAAUCAUGACAUUAGUUUCAUCAGCAAACAAUUAAUGAUGUGUUGAAACAAGUUAAACAUCACGUGUCACCUUUUCAUAACCAUUAUCUGCCCCAACUGUCACACAGCCUGACAUCAUGGUUCUGUAGUCGACCUCCAGACAUUGAAAUGACAGUCGAUGAUUUUGCAUCGUCCACAACUCUCAGUUCAUGUGUUUAGGUAGUUUGCUUCACUGCAUAUUUUCUGCAUAGCUUUGCCUUUUAUAGACAUUUUAGAGCUGUUGUGUCAGCUGAUGAUUGUAACACUGUUUUAUGCAUUGGUUAAUAAAAUGUUUGUUUUACACUUUU